AUGUACUAAUGCAUAGUAUUUCCUGCUGAUUAUACACCAUUUAAAUAAGAAUUGAUUCUAACAGGAAGUAUAGUAGCUUUUGAAUUACUUACAUAUCCAAUAGAUUUUAUAGGAAAUAGAUGUAUUUAGAGAGAAACAUAUUUAUCGAAAUCCUUAAUUUAGGAAUCAGCCUUAAUAUACUCUGAAGUAAUUCAUUACCUUAUUUUUUACGAUUAUUGGUUCAAAGUGUAGUCUAUAUUAUGGAUUAAAAAGCAGACUCGAUUUAUCUCUUAGUAAGAUUGUAUUACGAUAUUAUAUCUUUAAUUAUCUAUAUUUCAAAUAUGCCUUUAAGAAUUAUAUUUCACCAAGAUUUAAGGAUGAAGAUGAGAAUAAAGGAUUUGAUAUAACUCCUGAAAAUUCAACAGUUUACCCUUUAUUGAGAUAUGCAAAAAUGACAGAUCCAUUAGUAUUACUAUUGGCAGCUACAUCUAAUUUUAUUGGAAUGAUUGCAUCUCAUCCAAUAAGCAUUUUAAAAAUUAGACUACAAAAUGAAAUAUUAAAAUAAUAUGAGUAAGAUUGAUAUUAAAUUAUUAGUACUAAAAACUAUACAUAGAAGAUGACUGAAAUGAGUAGAAUUUGUGGAAAUUAGUUAUGGAUUAAAACUACAUUUGGUUCUCGUUUUUUAUAUACUUACUUACAAUUUAUUGCAGAAAUGGGUCUAUUUUAGUUCUGUCUUAAUAAAUUAGGAUAUGAAUUUAUGAAUGUUUUUAGACCAAAUUCAGAUUUCAAAGGAAAUAUUCUAAAUUUAGGAUUAUCAGUGAUUGGAUCUUCUAUCUUAUCAACAUUAUUAUUGUAGCCAAUUUAUCUUUACCAAUAAAGAACAGUCUAUUAAGUUAUAACAAAGCAACCAAAAAAAUCAAUUAAAUAAUUUUUUACUUAAGUAAAUGAUUGAUAUAUGUUAGAUUUAUUAAAAAGAGAAAUUCCAAGGAUUUUUAAAAGGAUAUAUACAUAAUUCUUUUAGAAGCAUAUGUAGAAAUAGUAUAGCUGUAGGUACUUUGUGGGCAUUUGCAACGUAAGCAAAUAAAGAAAGAUUUAGACCUUCAGAAGAUUGA